UUUGUUUGCGUGGACAACGCGAUGACGUCACACAUCAUGCGCCACUCUUGAUGUACUAUGUUUAUGUUUCUUUCAGCUUGAGAUCUUUAUCUAAGCACAUACAUUUUAUUUGUAAUUUUUUAGAGCAAAAAUGAGCAACGAAAUCGUUUUAUUGUACUCGUAUAUAUCUACAGCCGAAGCAACUCAUUAGCUGAACAAGGUAAAGAAGCUAAUACUGACGGACACCGAGCUGGAACGGAAACCCUAAAGUUCCGUGUACUUUUAAAAGACCUCGGGGACAUGGGCAGGCUGGAUGAUGCUGCCAAACGCAAAGUGGUGGAACUGCGUGAAGCAGGCCUGAGCUUCCGCAAGAUCAAAGCUGUGCUGGAGCUGGAGAACAUCAAAGUAUCCGCACAGGCCAUCUAUCUCUUCCUGAAAGAGUUUCAUGGAAGAGGCAGACAAAAUGAUGCUCCUGUGUCCGGGAAUGGUGGACCUACAACAGCCUCGGGAUCAAGGGAUACGGGGCUAGGCGAACCAAGACAUGGUGCCUGGAGUGAGCAGCAACUAAGGAAUCUACUUCGUGAGGCUGCCCAUGUUGCUGGCUUCUCAUCCCCUUCAGACUCCUCAGGGCAGAGUGUGGUAGCUUCAGAACCCAGGGGACACUCCUCUGGGACAGGGCCAACUAGCCAGGAGCCACAACAGGGAGACAGGAAGGACGAAGAUGUCAGAAUCAUAAGUGUCACCUCACUGGCACAGAAUACUAACCAUGAUGCCGUUCAAACAGUACGCUCAGGGUUUGGCUCAGGAGCAAUAGCUGGAACGUUUUCAAGGAGAAGGUACACACCCUCACCAGCAAACCCAGUCCUUGUGGCUCGGAAAAGGCUCCUAGAUAAGGCUUUGUUUCACAGAGCAAGGGUACGGGACAGUGGCCCUCAGUCUGCCCAACAAACUGUGUCAUUAGUGAGAAGAGAUCAGUCAUGUUUCCCUUACUCAGAAGGAAGGAAGGUUGUGUUACCUCAAACAAGCUCAUUCAACCCCACUUCCACGCGAACUGUAAGGGGACUUCACCCAGGGAACAACCUUUUUCGACAAGGAUUUCAGCAACGUGCAAAUAUACCCACCCGCUCGACAGAACAGUCACCCCGUGUUGGCAUUCGGAUUCCCGUACCAGGCCAAUCAAGUACCGGACCACAGAAUGUGAGUUCGUCCGUAAGGGCUCCGGCUCUGACCAGUCAGCAGCAGUCCCCAAGCCAGCAGAGCAAUGUGGACACUGGAACAUUAAGUGCACUGCAGGAACAGGUCAAGUCUCUUGCUACUGAAGUGCGCAGCCUUGGCUUGGCUCUCAGGAUGAUGGUAGAGCAGCAGGGCCGUCUGGAGAGGGAGCAGAGCCAGCAGACACAGGUCCAAAAGCAGAUCCUGACCACCUUGCAGAAAUUAGCAUCUAAACAGGGACCCUGUGGUUUUCAGCACAGUACAACUUCUACACUGCCCCCUUGCCCAUUGUCUUCAGCCUCCUUUAGCCAGAGCACCUUCACCCCUAGCCAAGGCAGUAGUUUGUGCAGCCAAGCCCAAUCCAGAUAUAACGAAAUCGAUGGAUCCACCCUUGAUAAUAUUGAGCCAUUUUCUCUGGACACUCUCAGCUCUGCUACUAUAGAUGGCUUUCAAACCUCUGACUCUCUAUCAUUCAACCGGACACACUCACCAACAUUUACACAGUCACACACACAACAAUUCACACCUGAGAUAGUCAGCUAUACGCAGUCUCACACAGACACUUAUGCAGGAAUCGACAGCAAGCCAGCAGAAAUAGCCUCACCAAACACAGACAGAUCUUUUCAAGCUUGCAGGUCUUCAAGUCAGUCUUCUACUGAACCUAUUUCUGUGCACGAUGCCCAACUGACUAUUGUCAAAAUAGAAAAUGUUUAAAAAAACUGCAGAAAUUGACAUAUACUGCUGUGUUUCUUGUGUUUCUGAUCUUCCUUGCUGAUUUUUGAUGAAUUUUAGAGUGAAUCAUUCAAUGGUACUGUAGCUUCAGCAAUAGUGGAUGAGUAAUAGUGGAUUUGAGUCUUACACAACUUUUAAUAAUGGGCCAAACAUCAUACCAUACAUUCACAAAACAUUUAUCAUAAAUUUGAAGUAAUUCUUUUAAAUUAUCCAUUUAUUUGUGUUUUUUAUUUUAUUGAGCAAAUACAAGUUUAGUGUUAGGCAAAAUAAGGCAAAAUAAAACCUGACUGUUUUCCUGUA